AUAUAUGUUAAGGAUAUCAAUUUAUGGUGAUUUUUUUUUUGUUUGACCAACAAUUUAAAAAAAAUAUAUACAUAUUUAUUAUUUAUAUUAUUAGGCAUUGAACAACUUAGGAAUAUUGUUCAUUGAGUGAUAUGUUUUUAAAUUAUUUUGGUCAACCAACUCUAUUAACUCCUAUUAAAACGUAUCUAAAUUUUGAAGAGUUUCAGAAAGCUCCUCUAUUAUUAUGCCACAAUACAGCUUUGGAGGGAAAACUUUUGCCAAAGGAUUACUCGGGAAAUAUAUACGCCACCGAGGAAAUAUUAAAUGCAAUUAAACAGAAGAAAUAUAAGUUAAACACUUCUCAUACUCAGCCUAUAUGCCCGAAUGAAGUUUAUAAUAUUAACCUAAAUGGUGUUGAAAAUCCACAUUUAGUAAAGAAUAUUGAAUUGACAGCAAUUCCAUGGGAUAAAGAAAAUGUUAUAUAUUUGAUUAAAGCUGACAACAUUACCAACUUAUUGACCGAUAUAAUUACCGAAGACAUGGAUGUUCUUAUACAGAAUAAAAUUUUACGCAACAGUAUUAAAAGUGGUAUAGAUGUUCUAUAUGUUAACGAUGGAGUGUACCAUAAGUCUGCAGAGCUAAAAACGUAUCCCUCAGAAUGUUUGCUAGGAGCAUUGGUUACUUUGGUACGACCACGUUUAGUUCAGGGUUUAUUAAGCGACGAAUCAUUGCCACAACAUAUCUUAAACUGUUGUGAGGAUAAUUCAUGUGUAAUUUAAUAAAUAAAACUUUGAAUUGUA